UCACCUCAAUGGACCUCCAGCCGACCUUUUGUUACUCGAUACCCUGGCGUACACGAUAGCCAUCAGCCUAGACCUCGAACUUCUCGCGCCAGCAUCCCUCUGAGAUCUUCCGCGUCUCUUAUUGCAGCUCCGCCGGUGGCGGCCUUGAGGCCGGCAGUUCUUGCAUCGGCGCCUGCAUGGAAUGCUUGUUCCCAUUCGCGUACACAUCCGCGACCCGCUUAUCCUGCUGCGUCGGCGCAAACGCCUCCAUCGAGUUCGGCAUCUCGCCCGGGGCUACAGCCACCGGAAGAACCAGACCGCUGCGAUCGCACCGAGAACCAGUGGUAUGCCGACGCCUAACCCGACUCCGAGACCGACACCGAGGUUGCUGUCUGAGCUGUUGUCGCUGCCGCUGCCGCCCGUUGGUGUUGUGGUCGGUGUUGAGGUCGUCGUAACUGUACUUGUAGUCGUCACUGAGGUCGAAGUCGAUGAGCUACUCGUGCUCUCUGGCGAGAGACUGCUGACUACAAACUCGACGGCCGGAAUCGAGAAUGUCUGGGUUGAGUUAUUGCAGUCACAUCCUCCGUACGCGGUGCAGCAGAACGUCUCGGUGCCGCAGGCUGUGACGCGUUUCCGGAAUCUGAAACCAUCCACAUCGCCCCGGUUAACAUUGCGCUGGGUUGCCGCCCUAAGAGCAAGUAAUGCGCGUUACAUCCUCGUUGCCGUCGCGGUCGUAGCACUUGGCUACCAUUUUGGCGCCGAUCGGGCGAGGUCGGCGGGUAAUGGGACGAUCUUCUCCCGGGAUGAAUGCGAGGAUGGAAAAAGUGUGGAUCGCGAGACGCUGUGGUCCACGGGCGAUUGCCUCAAGAACGAAAUUAAGAAUCCAAAGAAGAGCCGAUCCGAGGCGAAAGGGAGGCUGAGCGUGGGAUCGCUAGACGAAGACCUAAGGCCAAAAGAUGCCAGGAAAUUGAAGUUUUGGCAAGAUGCGGUAAGGAACCAAAGCCCUGGUAAUCGCAAUAUUGCUUCCUGGCGCUUACAGGCUAGUCCCAACCGCACCUCUGAUAACCUUUUUUCUGCAGAAGUAACCGAAGGUACACCGUAUAAUUAUACUGCGCCUUGUCAGGGGCUCAAAGCCACGCUAGUUCUGCACCGGGCCAGUCUUAACUCAGCCACUCAGGGUCUGCACCUCGUGCCCGAUAAUGCAGAAAGUUGUAGUGGCUACGGCAAGGUCGAACAGUGGGAUGUCGAUGCUUAUAGUUGCCAGGGACAAGCUUACCUAGAUACAUCCAUUGCAAAUCGCACCACCCACUUGAAGCUUGCUUCUUCCGAUAUUUCAUCCGCCAUGCGGAUUCAUCAUAAACAGCAGUAUCCUCUUCAGCUUUACGCGGCAGGAUCCGCAUCGCAAACACCGACCAGUAGCCUGCUCGCGAUUAAGAGUAAGAUCUUGCUAAAUAAAAGGUCCAAGGUUCACCGAUCCGGAAGAAAGUCCUCUCGCCAUUGGAUUCAUAGAAGCGCGUAUAGCAAUGGUCAGAGGUGCUCGUCCUCCCAUCAUUUCGGUUUAAGACGCGUUUGUCUCUUCGCAACACACGGCGAUCCAGACAUGAUAAUGACCGCUGCCGAGGGCAGACUUCCCACGGCUCGCGUAGUAGCCGCAAUUUACUUGCUUUUUUCCACCGAUCAUGUGCCAGCGCCUGGAGGUGAGAUUGUUAUUUGCAACACUUUCCCCUCAUAUUCUCUUGUUAUCUUUCGGCGAAUGGCCCGGCGAACUGGGUACAAUGGUCUGGCAUUCAAAGAUGCGCGAGAGAAAAAGGAAAGCAGAAGCAAGGCCUGGGUUAUGGAAUUACUGAAAGGUCAGAGCGCUAGAGGUGACUGGACCAAGAGCUUGCGCAGUCGGUAG